AAGCACUGAAAGCUUGGGUGGACGACAGAUAGGGACGUUGCCAGCCAAGAAGUAUGGGGAAGUUUCUGAGACUGGUGAGCAUUGCUUGCUUGGUAACAGGGAAUAAAACAAUCCUCUCCAUCUGGUGCUUUAACACAAAAUCCAGAGUCUGUACCCUUUCCAACUGGUAUGGGUGGGAAGGUGUAAUCAAAAACUUAUUACCAUUUCUGCAACAGGGUCCCUCCAAGUCUCUAUCUCCAGCCACCCAACUAGCAUGAAAAGGAAACUUUUUAGCCACUGAAGUCUUCUUGUACUUGGUGCUGAUUGGAGCCAAGUAUGAGUGAAAGGAGGUGAGUCAGCUGCUGAGGAUUGACUCCUCGGGUCACUCUGGAGAAGGUGCACAGGAGGAACACCAAGGAGGAAUUAUUUUGUAUGCUCCCAUACUAGGCAUUUAGAAACACUGGAAACACAAUUUUCACAGGAAAGGUGGGCAAGCUAUGUUACAUACAGCAGACUUUAAGGAAAACAUGAUUUAAGUCUCUUUGAAAGAAGAUCUCAGAGUGUCCCAAAUCAUGUGCCCAUGUAUGUGUGCAGAAGAUAGUAGAUCUAGCUGAAAAGCAACACAUGGAGAGCCAUACUGUUCUUUGUAAUGCAUCUCUAAUUAUUAUUACUGUAUGAUUGUAAGAUUAUUGUAUAAUCUUAGGAGGAGACAUGGCUUUGACUAUAAUGAAGGGACCUUGCGCUUCUGAAUUUGCUGCCACCCUACUGUGUGGGUAAGGGACAUGGGUGGCCCUGUGGGUUAAACCACAGAGCCUAGGACUUGCCGAUCAGAAGGUCGGCAGUUCGAAUCCCCGUGACGGGGUGAGCUCCAGUUGCUCGGUCCCUGCUCCUGCCAACCUAGCAGUUCGAAAGCACGUCAAAGAGCAAGUAGAUAAAUAGGUACCGCUCCGGCGGGAAGGUAAACAGUGUUUCCGUGCGCUGCUCUGGUUCGCCAGAAGCGGCUUAGUCAUGCUGGCCACAUGCUGUACACCGGCUCCCUUGGGCAAUAAAGCGAGAUGAGCGCCGCAACCCCAGAGUUGACCACGAUUGGACCUAAUGGUCAGGGGUCCCUUUACCUUUGACUGUGUGGGUAUGUCAGAAUGGUGGCUGGUUGAUUCUACCCCUCUUCUUUAUUAAAUGCAUCCUCUCUCUUUCAUCCCCAUAGCUUCUCCUGACUGUCCUGGUUCUCCCAGCAUGUGGUAAGUGAGUGAAUGUUGUCUGUCUUAGAACUUCUCCUGACAACCAGCUUCUGGAACACUCAUGUGGAUUUUCUUCAACAAAGUUUAUGAUUUAGGAGAAACUGGGACCUCUUGGAAUGUUGAUGCUCUGAACCCUUCCAUGUAGGCUUGGGCUAUAUAUGUGUGUAUAAAUAAGCCAUAUAUCAUAAAGACACCAUUGUCCCCACUUUGCCUCAUUUCCAAAAGGAAACACAGACCUUGCGUAAGCACACCUGGAACCCCUAGAAUCUCACACUGCUCUCAAGAUUGGUGUCUCGUAUAACAGCAUUCUGGGAACAGUAGUAUAGUAGUCAUUGUUAUAAUUGCAGUAAAGUAAAAUGGGUAUGUUUAACUGUUACAUGCCACCCCAAUCUCUGAAUGGUGAUGUCAGGCGUCAGGGAAUCCGAUCCCCCCCAAGGCAGGCCGCCAGGAAUAGAUAGACAAGGAAAGUUCUUACCAAUGUUUUUUAUUCAAUAUUCACAGAGAGAGGCUUAGAAAUGCAGCCUCUUGGAGUAAUGGCAUUGUUCCGAGUAAUCUCCACCCCGCUUCUCUCCUCAAUCGUCAACAGCACCACCCACCUUACAGUGGCCACUUAGAGCCAUUUGCCUCCAAGCCCUUUGCUCUCCUACUUUCAAUGCUCGCCGGGUUCUGGGAGAAGGGGGGUCUGGAAUACGUUUCUGAGCACAAUUCAAAGUGUUGGUGCUGACCUUUAAAGCCCUAAAUGGCCUCGGUCCAGUAUACCUACAGGAGCGUCUCCACACCCAGCGUUCUGCCCGGACACUGAGAUCUAGUGCUGAGGGCCUUCUGAUGGUUCCCCCGCUGCGAGAAGCCAAGUUACAGGGAACCAGGCAGAGGGCCUUCUUAGUAGUGGCACCCGCCCUGUGGAACACCCUCCCACCAGAUGUCAAAGAGAAAAACAAUUACCAGAUUUUUAGAAGACAUCUGAAGGCAGCCCUGUUCAUGGAAGCUUUUAAUGCUUAAUAGGUUAUUGUAUUUUAAUAUUGUGUUGGAAGCUGCCCAGAGUGGCUGGGAAAACCCAGCCAGAUGGGCGGGGUAUAAAUAAUGAAUUAUUAUUAUUAUUAUUAUUAUUAUUAUUAUUAUUAUUAUUGUUUCUAGUGAUAACGUGUCAGCCAGCUGCUCCGGCUCUGCCUCCCGCUCCUCUUCUCCCAUUAUUUCCCAACUUUGCCCCUCAUCUACCUCUGAGCUGUGACCUCCCACAAGCCACUGUUGUAAAUCUAUACUGUUUUCCUCUUCUCUGAAAGGUUAAGGCUGGGGAGGCAGUCUCCACCAUUCCUCCUCUGCCAGUCCCUGACAGGUGAGAGACUCCAGGGGUUUAUUCAUUUACCCAGUGUUUGGUUUCCUUGGAAUGAAGGUCAGCAGAGUCUGUGGUGUCUUUGGGAUGUAUGGUUUUAUUUAAACAUAUAUAACAACCUGAGCAUAGGGUGGAAGGGCUCACAGCAUUAACACCCCAAGGGAUCUCGCUUCUCCAUGAGGUUUCCUGGGGAGCCUCAAGUCCAGUUUAGGUUCAACACAUUUCUCUGUGCCUACUGCUUCCAGCAUCUCUUCUUUAGCUUUCACACACCACAGCUCACAAAACCAGUCCUGCUUAGGCAUAUUGUUCUUCACAUGGGAAGAGGGCCACCCAUUUCUCUCUAUCGCAAAAGAGCAACUUCUUUGGAUAUGCUGAAUCGCAGCACUUAACUAGCCAGACCAGAGCCAUUAUCUGGACAAUGAAACUGGUUUGGCAGACUUCCUCUUAUACAUUCUUGGAGGGGACCCAAGAUUCCAUGACGUCUCCCCAAACUCAUAGCAGUAUAAUAUCCCAUAAACACCCAGAUGUCAGGGAUGGGCGAAAUGCUGGCAAGUGUGCACCGGGGGAAAGGGGGCUGGAGUCUGACUCGGGAGAGGGGAGCAGUGAUUUGUGGGGACUUGUACCAGCCAGGAGGCAGGGGGAGUUUCAGAGCUGGAGGGUGAAGCACAGGAUAGGUCAGAAGAGGAGGAAGAGGCAGAUCAGGCAGAUGAAGGGUCAGGUGCAUCCUCGCCCUCUCCUGCACCACUGUCUCCUAGAACCAAGAGCAGAUUGAAGAGGGAAGAGCAGAGGCAGCUUCUACGCAGUACAGUCUCUGGCUAUGUGUGUACAGCCCAUCAGGGGAAGAUACAUAAGCUGGUGGAGGGGGGCUAAACUCACAUGUUACUGCAAGCACUCCGUAGAGCACAGGGAAUAGCUGCCUGGGUUGGCAAACUACGGUGCACGGGACAGAUCUGGCCCAAUUGCGCUCAGGCUCUGGCCCACGGACGUGCCAUAUAUUGGUGAUUCUGUUUUUUAAUUUUUUCCCAAAUUUUUUUUUCCAACACCACCAUUUUUUGGGUGCCAUUUCCCCCCUCCCUCUCGCACACCACAGCGCCUCCCUCCUCCUGGCUUCUCCCCGCCCUUCUCCCUGCCUUGCGUAGUGGAGGAAGGGGGCUGGGCUGAGCUGGCUGAGUGCUGGUCCCUCUGCCCCCACUGACAGCCUCUGCCGCUUGCAAGGGCAGGCACAGGAGCCAUGGUUGGCAGAGUGCAGAGCCGACAGCAACAGUGCAGGUAGGCAGGGGGAGAGAGAAGCUCCCUCUGCCUUGUGUGUGGUCCAGCCCGCUACAAGGUCUGGGGGACAGUGAACCGGCCCCCUCGCAAAAAAGUUUGGUGACCCCUGCCUUACACUAAAAACUAAAGCUGUAGAAACUACAGAAAAGUGUCCACUUUUGCAAUAAAGAGUUAACCAUCUGCUGUGUGCAUUCCUUUGGCUGGGGAUCAUCUGUGAAUAAAGUCAAAAGAUGCUACAGGGGAGUGUUGGCCAUGGCAGAGCAUCUCGGAGAGAAGGGGAUGGUGGCAAAAUAUUAACUUGUUAUGCACCUACAUCAGUGGUCUCUCAUCUGGGAACUGACCAGACCUCAACCUGUUUGGCUUCACCAAAGUGGUGGCUUUGUGUGCCUUCACACCAUACCCUGGGACCACACUUGCGUUGUCAGGCACAUUUAGUGAAUUCAAAGACCUUUUCAUUGCUACUUAUUUCCACUCAAAAAACUUCCCGUUCUCCAAAAGUGUACCCUGAGUAAAGGACCAUGAAUAGUUUCUCUCCAUCUCAUCUCAGCUUCAACUUGCACGACUCGCUGGUUCGACCGGGACGACCCUUCAGGAGUGGGUGACUUUGAAACUCUAGCUGACCUGAGGAAGGAAUAUCCCAUGGACAUUUGCCCUAAACCCACUGGAAUUGAAGCUCAGACCGUGGAGGGAACCCCAGCGUCCAGCACUGGGCAGAUCUUUCAUCCGUGAGUGGUGCCAGAAAUGAAGAACGGUGAUCAGCCUUGGGAGGGGAGGGGAAUUUUAACUCUUUCUCUCCUUGCCAUGGACCCAAGAAAAAUAGAUUCUUUGAAGUUGCUCUUUGUAUUUCAAAGGAAGGUUCUGCUGGAUCCCAGGUUCUGCUGGAUCCCAGUUUAGUGCAGAUUAUCUCUCUACAACUGCUUCUCUCUUUCCUGGUCACAGUUUGGUGAGUCAGAAUGCUUCUCUCAUUCUCUUUCUCUCCCCCCUAGGUUUAACCCUAAAGAAGGAUUUGCUUGUGUAAAUAAGGAGCAGAAGUAUUUCUGCUUGGAUUACAAAGUCCGCUUCACCUGUCCCUCAAACUUCUGCUCAGGUGAGUCAACCAGGACAUCUUGUGGUGAGAUGGGGGAAUGAUCUUCAAUCACUUAAACUAUGUCUGUAUAACACCAAACCAAUUGCUCAAAAGUGAACUGUCUUUCACUUUUAUACUAUAUAAGAGGGGUUGCUGACAUGGAACUCACAGUGUGCUCAGAAAGGGUCUCAAUAAAUAUGCCUCCAAGAAUCCACAGUGUGCAAGAGAGCUGCUUCCUCUGCCUGCUCACUUUGGCUGCAUUUACACAAGAGUUUAUUCUGUUUCUCUGACAUUUCUGCCAUUAUUAAUUUCCGCAUUGUACUUGAACUUUCACAAGGCAUAAAAACCAGAAACAUAGUAGAAUAAAGUGCAAGUUUAGUGCUCACCCCCCCCCAAAAAAAAAAGGCUUCUUCUGGAAGCAAAUAAUACAGAAAUGAGCACUAAAGUGGCUUUUACAUCGUAUGAAACCUGAAAUGCAAGGUGGAAAAUAACAGGGAAACAGUCUGGAAAACGUCCAUGUGAUAGCAGCCUAAGUCCUGCUCAAAACAGACCCCCUUUGAAAUGAAUGACUAUUACCUUUAGUGGAUCUACUCUGAGUAGGACUGACAUUGGCUACAACUCCUGUAACAGGACACCCACCAUCCCACUUCUUCUGAGCUAAAGAGCGCUGCAAAGUGCUUCUCUUGGGGAGCAAUCCAUUUCACAUCUGGAAGCUGACCCAGGGCUGUCAGUUGACUCUUGCUUUGACACUGGAGACAAGAUAGCAUCCCCCGGUUUGUGGUGAGGGAGAAUGGCAGCAUCCUUGAUUAGCAGGUGCAAGAUAGGCAGGGCAGGACUUAAUAUCCCUGUUCUUCAGCAGAGGCCAAUGGUUGGAUUUUGCUGCUGUUGCUUCUGCCUGGAGCAAGAGUGGCCUCACUCCGCCCAAAGGAGCCCCAGUCCUCUGUGUUUGUAUGUGGAGUCACAUUUUCCUCCUGAUAAAAUACUGCAACCUGAGUGUAUGGGAGCAGGGGUGGGAAAUAUACCAGCCCUGCUAUUUUAGGGAACUAUUGCCUGUGGUUGUGGAAGAACAAGCGUGCCCAGGUUGCGCAACCAAACAUUUGCUCCCGCAGUUCCUUUUUCCUUUUCCUCAUGCCCUUGUAAUGUGGCAAGAAAGGAGCAAACGUGACAGUCUGUGUGUAACAGGCCUCACAACGCCUCUCUGGUAACAGAGGACAACCCCCGUUUAUUCCCCUGCUGAAUCCCCCAGUCAAGCAGGACUGGAACCAACAGAGGAACAUAAGCAGCUGACUGGUACUGAGUCAGACCCUUGGUCCAUCUAACUCAAUAUUGUUUGCACCAGCUGCCAGCAGCUCUCCAGGGUUUCAGACAGUUUUACCUGGAGAUGCUGAGGAUCGAACCAGGGACCUUUUGCAUGCAAGGCAGGUGCCCUGCCACUCAGCUACGCUUGCACAGCUCCUGUAAGGCUGAUAUCAGAAGAUGGCAUUCUUGGGUGCUUGCUGAAGCCCACCACACUGCAAGGGCCUCCAUCUCCCUGCUGAUUCCCCUCUGUGCUGCCACUGCCCGUCCAGCUGCCCUGCUUGAGCAAGGAGUGAUAAGGAUGGAGCUAGCAGCACAGGUUGGACCCUGGCUAGGAUGAACAAAAGCCACGGGGACUUGGAAGGGCCCCUCACAGGCCCAACGGGUAAGUGAAUGACCUGGGACACUGUUGAGCAAGUGUUGUUGUUGUUGUUUAGUCAUUUAGUCAUGUCCAACUCUUGAAAUUAUAUGUUAAUUUAAUCUAUUACUUAGCUAUUGUUGUUUAGUCGUUUAGUAGUGUCCGACUCUUCGUGACCCCAUGGACCAGAGCACGCCAGGCACUCCUGUCUUCCACUGCCUCCCACAGUUUGGUCAAACUCAUGCUGGUAGCUUUGAGAACACUGUCCAACCAUCUCCUCCUCUGUCAUCCCUUCUCCUUGUGCCCUCCAUCUUUCCCAACAUCAGGGUCUUUUCCAGGGAGUCUUCUCUUCUCAUGAGGUGGCCAAAGUACUGGAGCCUCAGCUUCAGGAUCUGUCCUUCCAGUGAGCACUCAGGGCUGAUUUCCUUAAGAAUGGAGAGGUUUGAUCUUCUUGCAGUCCAUGGGACUCUCAAGAGUCUCCUCCAGCACCAUAAUUCAAAAGCUGAGCAAGUGGGUCCAUUCAAAGAGCAAGGUGGCACUGAGAAUGGUGUUUCUGCUUGCCUUUGGAAGAGCUGGGCAUGGGCAAAGGGCUGCAGCAUCUGCACUGCUUGCAAAAGGUCCCAGGUUCAGGCCCUCGCAUUUCCAGGUUUGGUUGGGAAAGACUUGGAGAGCAGCUGCCAGUCAGUGCGCGCACUACUGGGCUUCAUGGAGCGAUGGUCUGACUCAGUAUCAAGCAGCUUCCUGUGUUCCUAUGUUCCAUCUUUCUUGUCCUCGCAUACCUGCAACCAACACUCGUUUAAGUCUUGCCUUGCCUUUUCCCCUUCUUUAGGAUGCACAACUCGCUGGUUUGAUCGGGAUAAUCCGUCUGGAAAGGGAGACUAUGAACUCCUUUCCAAUCUGCGGAGCGAAUAUCCUGGUGGGAUUUGUGACGAGCCCCUUGCCAUCAACGUACAGACUGUGGAUGGGAGACCUGCAGUGAAGACGGGGCAAAGAUUUUCAGUGUGAGAAGACACUUUUGUUGAUGGCUGUGAUUUAUUUUAAAGAUGCCAGAUCAGACCAUGCACUUGUGCUCUUGCUCAGAGAUGUGUUUUUCUAAAAUCCUUGUGAUACAUAAUUUCUUCUCUUUCCAAAGGUGGGCAUGGAUUCCAGAGCUGAGAAGGGAUCCUAUAGCCCCCGGAGCCUUGAAUAAAUUCUAACACUUACUGGUUCCAGGACUUGAGAAAUGUCUAGCACAUAACUCAUAACAAUACUCAACUAAGAUGGGCACAAUUAUAUCUGUAACUGUCAUUCCAUACAGCACAACUUUUUAUCCCUCUCUUAUGCAGGUAUGACACUACUAGAGGCUUUGCCUGUGUCAACACUGAGCAAGUACCUGGUCAGUCCUGCCUAGAUUAUGUGGUCCAAUUCACUUGCCCAGAAUCCUUCUGUUCCGGUGAGUGCUGCUAUCAUAGCGGUCAACUCUUCCCUUUUCUUGCGAGGAAUCCUAUUCGGAAUAAGCGAAUUUCCCUUUAAAAAAGGGAAAUGUUGACAGCUAUGGCUGCUAUGUAUUGAUGGGAUGUUCUCAGUGGGGAUGGGGGUUCUUGCCUAGAGGUGGAGGAGCUAUUUUGUGGUUCACCUCAGGUGCCAAUCUAUCAUAAAGACACCAUAGUCUCACAAAACCAGCCCCACUAAGGCCCAUUUUUCUCCCCACGAGAAAAGGCCCACCCAUUUCCUUCUAUGGCAACAGAACAACUUCUUUGGAUAUGCUAAAUCAUGGUACAGUGGUACCUCUGAUUAUGAACUUAAUUUGUUCCGGAGGUUCAUUCUUAACCUCAAACCGUUCUUAACCUGAGGUACCACUUUAGCUAAUGGGGCCUCCCACUGCCGCUGUGCUGCCAGCAUGCAAUUUCCAUUCUCAUCCUGAGGUAAAGUUCUUAACCUGAGGUACUACUUCCGGGUUAGCGGAGUCUGUAACCUGCAGUGUUUGUAAACUGAGGUGUUUGUAACCCGAGGUACCGCUGUACUUAACUAGCCAGCCAGAGCCAUUACCUUGACAAAGGAACUGGCUUGGCAGGCUUCUUCUUAUACAUUCUUCCCUGGCAGGUUUGGAAGGGACCCAGGGUUUCAUCCUGUCUGACCCUCUGCUCACCAAACACAUAACGGUAUAAUGCCCAAUAAACACCCAGCUCAUAGCUGUACAUCUUGAAUAAAUUGGAAAGAUGGUAGAAUGGAGUGCAGGCCAUUCCAGAGCACCUCAGAAAGACGGGGGUGGUGGCACAAUAUCAGCUUGCAGUGUACCUACAUAAAUGGUUUCUCAUCCAAGAACUAACCAGACCUGGUCCUAUUUGGCUUCACCAUUUUGUGCCUUCACACCAAACCCUGGAACCACACUUACAUUGUCACAUUACACAUUAUGUGAAUCCAAAGACCUUUUUAUUGUUGUUCCUUAUUUCCACUCAAAAAACUCCCUUUUCUCCAAAAGUGUAUCCGGAGUAAAGCGUCAUGAAUAGUUUCUCUCCGUUUCACCUCAGCUUCAACUUGCACGACUCGUUGGUUUGACCGGGACGACCCUUCAGGAGUGGGUGACUUUGAAACUCUUGCUGACCUGAGGAGGGAAUAUCCCACGGACAUUUGCCCUGAACCCAUUGGAAUUGAAGCUCAGACCGUGGAGGGAACCCCAGCGUCCAGCACUGGGCAAAUCUUUCAUCCGUGAGUGGUGCCAGGGCAGCAUUAGGGAAUUAAUUAUUACUGAGCAGCAUUCCAAUGUUUCCAUUAUGUGUCAGUUGGGCUGACUAGGAAUGUGGGAGGAAUCUGUUGGAAGCAGAUUAUCCAGUGGAUUUUCUUCCAUCUGCCCAUAGACUCUUGCUUUGAAUGCUGUGUGCUAGGGGUCACCAAGCUUUUUGGACCUGGUGGCACAUUUGAGAGAGUGUUGAGGAUACCAUGGGUGGAUGGCAUAAGACAACAUGGCUGUCAUGGGGAGCAUGCCAUAGAGAGAUACAGUCAUUGUGGAUUUGCCACCGUCGCUCAUGGGUGAUGUCACACUUACCAUGAAAAGUCAUCUAUGUCUUGCUGGUCCUGAUUUCGGAAAUCAGGACCCUUUGCCAAAAUGGGAAGAACCAUCUGGACUUGCACCCAUCUCCUAUACCAGUGGUUCUCAACCUGUGGGUCCCCAAAUGUUGUUGGACUACAACUCCCAUCAUCCCUGAGCUCUGGCCUUGCUAGCUAGGGGUGAUGGGAGUUGUAGUUCAACAUCUGGGAACCCACAGGUUGAGAAAGGCUGCCCUAUACUUUCAUCUUAAAAUUUUACCUCACUCCCUUCCCAACCCCAUUGUGGUUUAUUUAUGGUGCUGGAAAUCUGUACGGAUCAAACUGCGGUUCUCGGGAUACUUUGGGGGUAGGUGUGCAGCCAUAGAUUAGCUUGAGCAUUGUGUUUAAACACAAGAACACUUUCUGAAUAGAACACACAUUUAUGAAAUAACGUGUUGCAAUCAGAAAGGACUUGUUUUUGCACAGCUGGUUCUUCCUGCCUAAGUGCAGAACCUUACAUUUGUCCCUAUUGAAAUUUAUUUUGUUAGCUUGGGCCCAGUUCUCCAGUCUGUUAAGGUCAUCUUGAAUCCCGAUUCUGUCUUCUGUGGCACUAGCUACCCCUCCCAGUUUGGUAUCAUCUGAAGAUUGGAUGAGCAUCCUCUCAAUGCCUUCCAUCCAAGUCAUUCAUAACGGCAUUGAACAACAAUGGGGCCAGGACAGAACCCUGCAGCACUCCACUUGUCACUUUUUUCCAGGAUGAUGAAGAACCAUUAAUGAGCACUCUUUGGGUUCAAUCAGUCAACCAGCUACAAAUCCACUUCACGGUUACCUCUCCAGCCCACAUCUUGCCAUAGCUUCUCUGCAAGAAUAUCAUGGGGGACUUUGUGAAAAGCUUUAAUGAAAUCAAGAGUAGAUAUGGUUAGAAUUACAACCAUAUAUGGCUUUGUGCAGGCAUGUCCAAAGUCCAUUUGGGGGGCCUAAUCCAGCCAUAGCUGUCAACCGUCCCUUAUUUGGAGGGAAAGUCCCUUAUCCCAGCGCUGUGUCCCGCUGCUGUCCCUUAUUGAUGAUGUCCCUUAAAUUUCCUGGUUUUCAAAGGAAGCAGCUCCUCUCCCUCCCUCCCUGCCAGCCAGGAAGGAUGGAGGCUCCAACUGUGUUGCUUGGCUGCGUUGCUCACCAAAUAAGGAGUCUAAGAACGACUGGGGGGUGGAGCUUGCAUGCCUUGUGCCAAUCAAAUCGGUCACAUUGCCUGGGAACUCGCCUUUUCUCAGCGCUUCCCAGUGGAGAGGUGACGGUGGUUUACCUUGCUGCAUCCCCUUUGCCAGGUUGCUGUGCUGUGGGAACCACUGCUUGAGGCUUCAUUUGGCUGCUGGCUGGGCUUUCGGCCAUUGGCUCAGAGGGGCUCAGAAGUUGAACAUACCUGUGCUUGGAAAAAUCCCUUAUUUUGGCUGCUGAUCCCUUAUUUUUGAGGCUGCUGGUCCCUUAUUUUCAAAUCUGUAAGUUGACAGCUAUGAAUCCAGCCCACCAGUCGGUCUAAUCCAGCCCCUGUGGCAGUUUAUUUCCUGGGGUAAAAUCCUAAAGCUCAACAACUUUGGGGUAAAAUCAUUAAAAAGCUCAACAACUUCAAUCCUGAAAAAAGAUUAACAACUUUGGUUGGCCCUCACAGCCCUUCACUUCAUCAAAUCUGGCCCCCUUUGAAAAAAGUUUGGACACCACUGGCUUUGUGAUAAGUCACUGGAUUGACUUUGUCUUUAAGGUGCCAAAGGACGCCUUACUGUACAAGUUUAACAGAGCUACUCUCCUGAAAUUCAUUAACUUUGAAAACAAGCAUGUAAAGAAAGCAACCGAUUUGUAAAUAUUUGUUGAUGGCUAAGUAGACAUACAUUUUCACAUCAGCAGACUACAAAAUAGAAGGCACUUUAUCAAAGUAAAGCAAGUGCAGUGGAAUGGAAAACACCAGGGGAAUGUAUGACUGAAUAUCAGAAUGGAUUAAGACACCCAGCAGAUCCCUAGCUGUUACUCAUACAGAUAUCGAUGACUCCUACCCAAAUUAGCACGUGCAAAAUUCCAUUGCAUGCGUGAUUCAGUGAAAGCAUUGCUGCAAAACGUAGUUGUGAAGCAAUAACAACGGGUGUGAUUUCAAAUUGCUCUGAUUGUUUUACAUGAAAGAAUACAUACAUGUGGCAAUCAGUUCUAUUGUUGCAUCUCUUCUUCCCUAGUAACACAGGGAGAGUAAAGAAGCGCUGUCUGAAUGAAUGAAAGAACUCCUGGCUUGAUGCUGUCAAGGCCGAAGAAGACAUGGAUGUUAUUACAGUAGUGUGCUUGUUAACAUUACAUAGCUUGUUAUGUGAAUGGGGAGGCAUGAUCAGCCUUGGGAGGGGAGGGGAAGUUUAACUCUUUCUCUCCUUGCCAUGGACCCAAGAAAAAUAGAUUCUUCAAAGCUGCUGUUUGUAUUUCAAAGGAAGGUUCUGCUGGAUCCCAUUUUAGUGCUGAUUAUCUCUCUCCAACUUCCCUCUUUCCUGGUCACAGUUUGGUGAGUCAGAUUGCUUCUUUCGUUCUCUUUCUCUCCCCACUAGGUUUAACCCUAAAGAAGGAUUUGCUUGUGUUAAUAAAGAGCAGUACAAGCGUUCCUGUUUGGAUUACAAAGUCCGCUUCACCUGUCCCUCAAACUUCUGCUCAGGUGAGUCAACCAGGACAUCUUGUGGUGAGAUGGGGGAAUGAUCUCCAACCACAUCAUAAUAAGCCAUGCCUGUAUAACACCAAAACAAUUGCUCAUAAAUUAAAAGCAGGAGUCUUUAUUUAUGAGGUGUUGCUGACAUGGAACCCACAGUGUGCUGCUCCUUUGUUAAACAUACCCCCUUAAACAUGCCCACAUCUCACUGGAUGACAGUGGUUAUAUUAAAAAAAGAAGGCUGCGUUCACACAAUAAUUUAUUCCAUUUUCCGUAAUUGUUUAUUUGCAUGUCAUAUUUCACAUGACAUAAUUUAGUGCCUAAAUGUCUUGGGCCAUCCAUCUGCUCCACAUUUUACUAAGGGCAAAAGAGCAGGUGUUCCUCUUCCCUGCAACCCACUUCUGCAAGAUAGCAUCCUGCACUGCAUGGAGGGUAGUGGUAGCAGCAGGCUAGAUUAGGAGACCGAGGACAGGCACUGUGGGUGCUACAUCUAUCCUUCAACAGAUAACAAUGCCUGGGGGUGCACUACUGGGCUUCAUGGAGCGAUGGUCUGACUCAGCAUCGGGCAGCUUCCUGUGUUCCUAUGUUCCAACUUUCUUGUCCUCCCAUACCUGCAACCAACACUCAUUUGAGUCUUGCCUUGCCUUUUCACGCUUUAGGAUGCAUGACCCAGUGGUUUGAUCGGGAUGGUCCAUCGGGAAGGGGAGACUAUGAACUCCUUUCCAAUCUGCGGAGCGAAUACCCUGGCAAGAUUUGUGCUGAGCCCCUUGCAAUCAACGUACAGACUCUGGAUGGGAUUCCUGCCCUGAAGACAGGGCAAAAGUUUUCAGUGUGAGAAGACACUUUUGUGAUGGUUGUGAACUUUUUUUUUACAGGUGCCAGAUAGGGUUUCAUGUAUUGCACUCUAGCUAAGAAAUGGGGAACCUCUAUCUAGACCGGGCAUCCCCAAGCUCGGCCCUCCAGAUGUUUUGGGACUACAACUCCCAUCAUCCCUAGCUAACAGGAGCAGUGGUCAGGGAUGAUGGGAGUUGUAGUCCCGAAACAUCUGGAGGGCUGAGUUUGGGGGUGCCUGAUCUAGACUGUCAAAUGUGACCCUCCAGGCCUCUCAAUCUAGCCCUUGGAACUCUCUCCAGCCACAUCCUUCACCAUUCCUGCUUCACACCCUCUUUGAGUGCUUUUGUCCAGUUUUCCUGGCUCCUUGAGCUGCAAUGACGCCUCUUAUUUAACUGGGUGGAAAGAGGUGUCCCUUGCCACAAGUGUCCAUUCAGCAUUGCAUUUACACUCGCCUUCUCUUAUUUCUUUAGAUGGUUUGUAACUGUUUCCUACCACUUUUUACAUUGUGUUUUGCAUAUCACGUUGGGGCAUACAUGGAAGGUGAUUAGUGAACAGCAACAAUUAAAGAAAUGUGUUUGUGCAGAGGAGACACUGGCUUCUGCAACGUUGGCAAGAGUCUUGUCUAUUGUGCUACUCAUUUCGCCUCUCGCUCCACCAGCCAGUGGCUUGUGGCUCACACCCUCCUUGCAUAUUUCUGCUGGCUGGGAUGUAUCUUUGCACUCUAAUAAUGCCUCUCGCUUGUCUGGGUGGAGAUGCAGCGGGUGAAAAAACAAAGGGAAAUUUUACUUCAGUUGCUGUGUUCAGUUGUUCUUCUGGCCCCCACCUACCAAUAGCAAAUGACUCCUGGGAUUUUGCUCAUAAGGGAAUGUGUUUAUUUUUAUUUGCUUUACUGAUUAAAUCGUGUGUUUUUUGUGUGUGAUUUAAAUGUUGGAUGUAUGGUUUCUUCGUUUUCCAAAGUGCAGAGAUGAGUGUGGCUCCUAUUAUAUAGCCAAAACUAAAUUAAACAUGGAUGGCUCAGUUGGUUAGACUGUGGUGUUGAUAAUGCCAAGGUUGCAGGUUCAAGCCCCGUAUGGGACAACUGCAUAUUCCUGCCUUGCAGAGGGUUGGACUAGAUGAUCUUCGGGGUCCCUUCUGACUCUACAGUUCUAUGAUUUCUAAAUUAAACUAGGGCCAGAGUCUUUUCAGUAUGGGCCCGACUUGGUGGAACGCGCUGUCACAAGAGACUAGGGCCCUGCGGGACUUGACAUCUUUCCGCAGGGCCUGCAAGAUGGAGCUGUUCCACUUGGCCUUUGGUUUGGACUCAGUUUGACCCUUAUGUUUCCCUCCCCUUAUGGUUUUGAUUUAUGGGUUGCUAUUAAAAUGAGGCUGCAUUUUAAAUUGUAUUUUAACCCAUAUUUUAACCUGUAUUUUAAUUAACUGUUUUUCCCCCUUCCUAUUACAUUUUAUUGUAAUUUUAUUGGUGUUAGCAGCCCUGAGCCUGGUUCUGGCCGGGGAGGGUGGGUAAAUAAAGAAAAUAUAUUAUUAUUAUUAUUAUUAUUAUUAUUAUUAUUAUUAUUAAAUUAAGAUGUGGAAAAUAACACCUGUGACAUGCUAGUUCAUACAGAGUGCUCCCCCCUCCACCUGCUGUUAUUCAGGUAUGACCCUACUCAAGGCUUUGCCUGUGUCAAUGAUGAGCAAAAACCUGGUCGGUCCUGCCAUGAUUACAGGGUCCAGUUCACAUGCCCAGGAUCCUUCUGUUCUGGUGAGUGCCACUAUGAGUUGAUAGGAUAUUCUCUACUACUGGGAGGGAAUGGGCAGUGGGGAUGGCAAACCUCCUUAAUGAUUGUUUUGCCAAAUAAUAGUAAUAAUUUAUUAUUUAUAUCCCGCCCAUCUGCCUGGGUUUCCCCAGCCACUCUGGGUGGCUUCCAACAAAGUAUUAAAAUACAGUGGUCUGUUAAACAUUAAAAGCUUCCCUAAACAGGGCUGCCUUCAGAUGUCUUCUAAAAGUUUGGUAGUUGUUGUUCUCUUUGACAUCUGGUGGGAGGGCGUUCCACAGGGCGGGUGCCACUACCAAGAAGGCCCUGUGCCUGGUUCCCUGUAACUUGGCUUCUUGCAGUGAGGGAACCACCAGAAGGCCCUUGACGCUGGACCUCAGUGUCCAGACAGAACGAUGGGGGUGGAGACACUCCUUCAGGUAUACUGGACCGAGGCUGUUUAGGGCUUUAAAGGUCAGCACCAACACUUUGAAUUGUGCUUGGAAACGUACUGGGAACCAAUACAGAUCUUUCAAGACCGGUGUUAUGUGGUCUCGGCAGCCGCUCCCAGUCACCAGUAGGAGAUGGUUCUUUUAAAAUUAGAUUCAGAAACAAUACAGACGCAAGUGGGUGAGAAGGUUACAGAUUUUAUUCCAAACAGCAAGCAAAAUGUACGUUACCAGGCAGCACUUUGAUCUGCUACUGAGAAGCCCUGAAGAAGUGGCAAAGUGACCCCCAGGUAGCUUUCGAUGCACAGCACUGUGGCCAGCAGCCUGUGGUGAACUUCUGAGUGGCAUGCCUCAAAACUAGAUAUUUUAUAGAUACUGUGUCCUGUUAAGGGCCAAUACAGGCUCAACUACAAGCUCAAAGACAAAAAGGCAGGCCAUACAUCAAAGGCUUUUACUGACCAGUGCCAACAGCCCACACAUCAAAGACCUUUUUACAAAGGAUAGAGGAAGUAAUAAAACAUAAGCAGAGACAGGAAGAGAUAACCAGAGACAGGAAGAGUUGGCCAUGUCAGAUCACUUAUGUCCUCGAAAGUACAAUAAUCUUCCGCAUUAUCCGUAUAAUGAUAUAUCUAUAAGUAAGUGAUUAGUUUCAGCUUCCUGUUCCGGUGGGCUUUCUUUUGUAGUAAAUACCGUAUUUUUUUCUCUAUAAGGCUCACUUUUUCCCUUCUAAAAAGUAAGGGGAAAUGUGUGUGCGUCUUAUGGAGCGAAUGCAGGCUACGUAGCUAUCCCAGAAGCCAGAACAGGAAGAUGGGUCGCUGCUUUCACUGCGCAGCGAUCCCUCUUGCUGUUCUGGCUUCUGGGAUUCAGAAUAUUUUUUUUCUUGUUUUCCUCCUCCAAAAUCUAGGUGCGUCUUGUGGUCUGGUGCGUCUUAUAGAGCGAAAAAUACGGUACUUGAUUUUUCUGAACAUACAAAUAACAAACAUCAACAUAAAAUAGAACCACAAAACAUCUGCUGUAGCAGUGUUCAUUGUGAACAUCUUGGAAUAGUUUAUACAUUACAUUGGGGGGUUUAAUCUUGCUAUUUUACCAUUGUAAAUAAAUAAAUAAAUAAAUAAAUAAAAUUCUGCCAACUUUUGAGUGUUUUAGUUACCAUAGGAAUAGGCAACAGCCAGAAAAGGUGAGUUAAAAUGGGGUACGCUAUUCAUUUCCAUGGAAGUGGGUUUUUUUCCAAGCCAGGAUGGAUUUAUUUCGCUCCAUAUUAGCAAAGAUUUUAAAUUAUUAUUUUUCAUAAAUGGUCUGUAAUUACGUUUUUCUACCACACCCAAAUAUUUCAUGGCUUGGCCAUGGCUUGGUAUACCUGUGUUGUCUAUUUUGUUUAUUUUUGUGAUCUAAAUUAAAGCACAGCAUUUCUUAUUUCUUUAGGCUAAUCUGAAGGCCGGACCUUCUGCAUCAUUCUUGCCAUGAGAGGCAUUGCCUGCUUUUCUUAAUUGUUAAUUCAAUAAAAUCAGUGUGUCGCCAGCAAACAUUCCUAUGCAGCAUUGUGUGUGAUUAAUUUGGACUCCUGUUGUUUUAGGGUUAUUUCUAAUUACUUCAGCCAGUGGUUGCAAACAAAAAGUACACUCCCC